GGAACGGACGCGUGUUUCGAAGUUGUGUGGCGUAGUUAUUUAAAAGUUUUGUUGUUUUUGAAAGCAGUAAACAACCGUGUGUUUGGCGGGUCCGAAGUUUCGAAGGACGAUAAUUAGUGGUUGUGUGUGUGGCUGGAGGUUCUAGGAAGCAGCUAAUCAUCAUCGUUCUACCCCGAGUGCUGAAAAAGGGAUUCUCGGGGUAACUUAUUAGUGGCAGUGACUAAGGCGAUUUUCGGACUUUGUUGUGGCGCGAUUAUCCUGAUUGCCACACCUGCAACGCUGGAAGUGCCUGAAAACAAGCGGGGAAACAUAGAAAACACCUGACUCAUUUGAAUCGUGCGGGCUGUAAAAAAACACAAAAAAACAGAUAAAGCAAAAUGUAAAACGACUCAACAGCCUGCACGCACAUAUGCGUCUACCUCGCCAAAGUUGUUAUUAUGGUGAAUUUGAUGAUCGGACCUGUGCUACCCGAAUCCGGCGAAGAAGCCCAAGCUGGAAGGAAGAACGGAAAGACCCCAGCAGCUUAACGAUCCUGACUACUUGAGAGUAAAAACGGCAGCAGCAGCAGGUCAAGUGGCGGUUACAGCCAACCAACUCCGGAAUAGGAAUUGAUUGGUUUUUGUAUGGAUUUUGACAGCUGUCGGCGCUAGUGACGUCACACAAAGACGAAGGCGGGAAGUGAUCGAGUAGUCACCGCUUGAAACAAAAACAACUUCGGCCAAAACAAGUGGUGGCGCGAAGAUAUCGAUAGUGACCAAAAGCCCGAACAAGUGUGGUGCUGCUUGUAGAUAGGUCGAAAUCGGCCAGAGUUAGAGUGUUUUGGUGUUUUUGGCGCGCCAUCUAUAGUCGCGUCUCGCGCGCGCAACUUUCACAACAGUUUGUCGUUUUCGACUGUGUAUGUGUGCGUGAGUGUGUGCGUUUUCGGUCGUUUUGUAUAAAUAAAUAAUUAAAUAGAGGAGUGGAAAUCGAACCGCGCCAACCGAAAAGGAGAUAUCGGCGGCCGGAGGAAGUGGGCUUUUAAAAUUAGUGGAAAGUGUUUGGCGGCGUGCGUUCGAAUGUGUCCAAAAAAUUAAAAGCCACUAAACAGACCGGCCUCACUUUCGGUUUCAAGCCUGUGGUGUCGCGCACUGAAGAAAGGGAAAAAGCCCGAAUUAAUGCACCGGAAAAGUGAUUUCGUAAUUAUCUCGCGACCAUGACGGACUCGGCCUACCGGCGACGACAGCGAAUCUUGGCGAAGCCGUGCUAGACCACGUGACCUAGUGCAGUGCAGGGACUGCUAGCGAAGGUAUCGAUUUUGUAGCAGAACAGGAGCCAGCGGAUUGCGUGCAGCGAAACACCUGAACAUCGAGAAGAGGCAGCGACGACGACGGAAAGUGAAAACGGAAGGAGGAGGAGCAACUUCUAGGCUGUUGAGGAAGGAAGAACUGUAGCACUUGAAAUCGGAUCAACAUGUACUUAGUACAGACUGUGCAGACGGCAUCACCGUGGAGGCCACAGCUUCCGCUACCAAAGGACAUAACCUCACAUGUGCAGCGGCAGCAGAAACAGGACAUGGAUAAGUCCGCGGCAAAGAAGGACAAGGACAAGAAGUGGUCCCUUGGGAAUCUGUUCCGUCGGAAGCAGAAGAAGGAGCUGGAUUACGACUCCAGUUCGGAGGAAGAUCGCAAGGCGGGCUUCCUGCCGGUCAAGAACAAUCGCACACAAGCUGUAAGUCAGGGCGGAACGCUCAACGGGAAGCGCAAGAAGCGAUCGAGCAAGCUGAGUGGAACGUUCGAUCACAUCGUGGUCAGUCCGAAUCAAGGCGAGCGGCAUGGCUUCAAAGAGAGUGACAGUGUCAACUCGAUCGAUAAGUACGUGGUCUCGAUGGGAUCGCUGGACAGACGAUCGCGGAAGGAUCGGGGCAAGGUGAAAGAUGGAAAGGAGCAGUCGAGUGACGAUGAAUCGCAUCGAUCGUCGUCAAUGUCUAGGUUCAGGAGCGAUGAUAGUCUGGGAAAUCACAGCGGAGGAUCGAACCGCAAGUCGAGAACCGCCAGAACGGAACGGUACUUGAAGAGAAUGUCAAAGGACGGAGAAGGAAGUCCGGUUAGUCGGUGGCACACGCAGCCAAUUUCUCCGAGCAUGCUUCAUGGAAGUAUACAAUCGGUGGAUACCGUUCAGCGUAGAGGUCCACAAACCCAUGGAGUACAUCCCAGUUUAAGAAACUCUUCUAGUCUAACCAAUGUGCCUCACCUCUUCCACCCGCCGAAUCCGUACGCAAACCAGCAGCAGUUGUAUCAGAUCAAUCCUUCUGCAACGUACGAAAAUAGUUUCUACAUUCAGAGUAAAGCCAAUUCCAUGCGGGAAUCUAUUCGAAGUCCUCCACCGGUUCCCCCGAGGGAUCCACAGCGUAGACUAACCAUCGGUCAUCCAAACGACGUACGACCAAUCUCGUACGCUUUCGAUCGGUACCAAAUGAACAACGUUCAGCCAAACGUCAACAACAUCUGGCAGCCAAACGGCAAGUGCAUCAGUGAUGAUCGACUGUGGGGUUCAAACGUAACGCUACAGCACCAAACGUCUCCUCCACCAAACUUUACAAAUCCGCAUGCGCAAACUCCUCCACGACCCUCCUCCGUACAGCCAGAUAUGGCACCGAAGCGGUACAUUUCCCGGCAUCCGCAACCCUCAAAUCCGUCACCCAAUCAGGGCUACGUGAUCCUCCAGCACCCUCACCAUCAUCAUCCGCAACAGCAGCAAAUGCAAGCACAACCCCAGCAGCAGAUGCAGCAAACCCCGAAACGACCCGCGGAAUACCGCUAUGUUACCGACGUGACUCCACGGUCACGAAAACCAAUCCAAAUCCAGGAUCGAACCUUUGAACCGUACGAACCACCUCACCAGCAUCACCACCAACACCAGCACCAGGUCCCACAGAAGACACCAUCGCCCGCCCAACCGGCUAGCCAACCUGUUUACAGCAGCACAGCAUACAUUCGAACUCGACCGCUAAAGGCGGAUCCCGACGAGGAAUCCCCCUCUAAAACACCCCAACAGUCGGCGUCCGCGUUCUGGCGCAAAAUCGAAGAAGACCAAAGCUCGACAAAUCGCCGCAAUCGAGCAGCCGACCGACGCCAACAGGUUCCAGCGGCUGUCGCAAACUCACGAUCCGUGUCGUCUUCCCGCGCACUGGAAAUCAUGAACCGUAAGAAUCACGAACUCACCAAGGAGCUCAGCAAUCUGCUGGAUGACAGCAAACACGACGAGGACGGUAACGUCGUCAGUGGACGGCUCUAUCUGAGACAGGCACGAGACGGCACGGUGAAAGAGAAGUCCCGUUCGCCACCGAAGAACAAGUACGAAGAGUACGUCGCAAAGACAGUCGCCCAAUCAACGCAAGCGCCGGUGCCGACGUCCACGUACAGGAAGUACAGUGCCGAGCGUCCGGUGAAAUCACCGAUCAAUUUACUUCACGCGAGAUCACCACCUCCGGCACCACCAGCUCGAGGAAUCUCGAAAAGAAAUUCCUGCUCCGAAGAGGAGCUUUCCAAGAAGCAGAAAUCCGCAAACUUGGAGGAAGCGAUCAAUGAACUGGAAGCGAUCUACAAGAGCCUGCGGCUCAGCGACGAAGAUCUGCUGGAUCGUGCUGAACUCCGAGAUGUUCCAACUCCGACAACGUUCGCUACCCAAAUGAGACCCACCUCGGACUACGAUGACGAGGACGACGAACGGCGUCACUCGGAGCCGGACAUUCAACUGGACGAUCUUAACUUCCGCAGCAUUAAGCGGGCAAACGAAACGACAAAGGCGCUGGAAGUUCAGCCGCCGUUUGGAAUCCCGUUGGGACCAAUCCCGCCCUCUCCCGGAACGGACUAUCUAAGCGUACAGCUGGCCAAGUCCAGUAAGCCACGAUUCAUCCCGAAGCGUUCGCCCGAUCUGGUGGCGGAUGACCUUGCCUACCGGCAACUGCGCCGCGAUAAAGAUCUCCAGCAGAGUGUGGAUCGAGUCAACUAUCACGCGCCGAUGGCGGCUGAAGCGUCCGCUGAGAAACAACCAUCCAGCGUGAUUGAGGAGGUUAAAAAGAAGCGUAGCAGUGCGAAGCCAACGUCGAAUUCACUGUCCGCCAACAUCUUCACCAUGAUCCAACGGGACGCGGCGAAACCUUCCGGAGGAAAUCUGGAUGAUUAUCAAAAAAUCGAAAAGAUCACACAAAGCAUGGCUCGAGCGGCUACGAAAGACGAAGUUGUUCCCAAGGGCAAGAAAUCCUCCAAGAAGAGCGAACCUCGCGCAAAGAGCGGCUCGCCGAAACUCACCGGUGGAGCAGUUUUCAACCUGCCGUCAACGCUAAAGUCCAGCUCACCAAAGCCAACGGUGUCGUCAGAUAGCAGCGCAAGCACUCCCACCACGUCGACCGUGACGCCAAAGGCAAAGUCCGGUGGGCCGGUGAUUGUCGGGGCCAAGCACAAAGCAGAGUUUGAGGACAUUCUGAACGCGAUCGCACAGGAAGCCAAGUGUACCAGCGAACAGCUGGGCAUGGAUUUGGCGGAACUGAGGAAGGAGACGAAAUCGGUCUCGAGUGGAACGAGUCCGGAGACGAAACCGAAGAGCAAGGUCGUUGCGCCCAGAGAGUCGUCCGAAGCGAGAAGCCGGAAGUCUUCGGUGAAAGCUGAGGACGAGAUUGACGAGGUGGCGGAGGCAGCUAAAUAUUGCCAACAGAUGUUGAAGAAUGUGGUGGAGCCGGCGAAGUUGGACGAGAAGAAGCUAGUCAAAGAGAUUGAGGAUACCUCGAACGCGGCGAUGCUGUGCCAUGGAAUGAUAAAUCGCGUGCUGAUGCCGACGCAAGUGCCGGUGGAGGCCCCGGAGAAGUCGGUGUUGUCGAAUUUGAUCAAGGAACUGGCACCGGCUGAGGAAGAGUCGUUUGAUAAUCUUUCGAAGCGCUGUCAGGAGCAGCUUAAUGAAUUGGAGGGCAUGAAGGGAGAUGAACGGUCGGCGAUUGAAAGAGACUACGACAAUUUGGUGGAGAGUUGUGCACCUUUGGAUUCGGAUUCGGAGAAGAAAUCAACCGAAGAGGAGAUCGAUUUGAUUAUGAAGGAGUGUGGGAUUGAAAACGAUGUACAGAUAACAAUCAAUUCAGUGCCUUUGGAGCAGCAAGCAGAGGUGGAUACGUUCGACGUUCAUAAACAUAGCAAGGAGUCAAGUUUGGAGUUGAGUGAUGUUCAUGGCCCGUCGUUGACACCAACGGAUCCAAAGUCUUCCAGUGAGACGGAACAGUUCCCAAAGUCCUCGGAUCUUACGUCCUGCAAUAUGCUAUCGUCUAGCGAUUGCCUCAAGUCUGUCAGUGAUCAGCACAAGUCCAGUUCUUCUGCCGCUAGCUCGAUCGUCAGUGCCGCCGCAACGCCGGCGAUUGAUUCGACGGUCGUUGAGGUUAUUCAGGUCCCAGUGGUAGCGUCAACCCGGUCUCCUCCGAUGCCGUCUGAUGCCGAGUCGCAGUACAACUCUUCCGAAGAGCUUGCGAUGAUCUUUGGCAUCAAGAGUCCAACACCGACAGACAACAAACCAUUCGUCAACCCCGCCAUCCUAGAGUUGGAGAAGAAGCUUUCAUCCGCCACUGCCAACAUAAGCUGCCAAACGCAACAUAACUCUAGUUAUCAGCAAGCACCUCCUCCUCAACAACAGCAGCACCAUAUCUAUCAGCAAUCGCUGCCGCAACAACAACCUAGUCUCGAUCAGCAGCAGAUCUACCAGCAGCAGCAACGCCAACGGCAACAGGAAUACAUCAACAGCACUUACUACCCAAGCAUUCCCGCCCAGCAGCACCAAUCGCAACCGUCGAGUUCGAGUCUCGCCAGCAUCCUCCAGGCGAUUCGCGCCGAACAGCAACAGUCCGAUCCGCAAUUUACGCGUUCCACAAGCCUCGAUCGAGCAGCUGCAGAGCAGGCGCCUCCUAAAUUCAGCGGAGCCAACUUCCGCCGAAUCCAGCGCCACCCACCGGUGUCCUACCCGCGCAAGCCCCUAGUCACUCAACGAUCCCUCGGAUCACCUCCCUCCCCGAGCAUCAACUCGUCCUACUCGCCGUCCCAACCUCCCCUCCACGCGCCGCCCCCCUCCACCCCGUCAGCGUUCGCGGCCACUUCCGCGGCCCACCAGCAGCAGCGGUCACGACCGCCCCACAAAUCGUCCCUCAAGCGGAAUGACGCCUUCCUAAAGACCCGCUCCAAGACCAUUUCGGACUUUUUCGGCCCCGAAUCGACGCCCAUCUCGCGCCUGCUCAACAUAAUAUGCCAGGAGAAGGAAGCGGAAAGGGCGCAGGCAAUGAGCAGCAGUAGCGGAAGUACCGGCGGAAGCAACCCGAAACCUGCUUCCGGUGGCAGCCGAGAUGGCAGCCGAACGGCGUCGUCGGCUAGGGCGUCAACGUCCCGCAAGGAGAAUGUGGUGCCGCUGCGGGCCGGAUCAUCCUCGGCCUCGUCGGCCACCUCCGGCAGUGGAGGGCAGGCAGCGGGAGCGGCCGAGCUGUUUGCCGCCAAGGACAUAGAUAGGAUAGCGAAAUAUAAGGCCGACCGGCGGAAGGCCAUCUAUUUAAGGAACACUGUCCAAGAAAACGAAAAUGAAAGACUGGAAAUUAAGAAAAGAUCAUCAUCUAGAUCAACAGCCAAUACUCCCACAUCAAGUGCAAUUCAUAGCAAAUCUCAGCCGUCAUCGUCAUCCUCGAAGCCAGCAGCCUCAUCCGCGUCCACGUCAUCCCUGUCGGCGGCAGCCGUGGCCGCCCGACCCUGGCUCGCCGCCUCAUACACCGUGGCAUCCCGUAGCGCACCGACGUCUACCUCCAACAUCAGUGCGGCCACUUCCUCGGGCAAACAUGGCACGGCACGACCCAAGACUGCAACGAGCUCCGGCGACGCAGGAGGUGGCGGUUCACUGCCACUGUCCCCGUCGCAUCAACCGCCGUCGUCACGAAAACCGCGGGACCGCAGCCUGGCAGCAACGAGCCGGUCAUCAGCCGACGAGAAACAGGUUGUUCCGACGCAACAGGUCAAACAACAACCCCAGCAGCCGAUCCGUACGACCAGAUCGUCCAGACUUCGUGCCGCUGCCCUGGAGAAAGAUCGCUCUUCGUCGGCGGGGGCCACGCUCGGCGGCACCAGCGAAGACACCAACCACUCGACGAGCUUUGGCCAGCGGCUGAAGCCAUCUGGUGGUGGUGGCACGAAACUGCACUCACCAAACAGCAGCAGUACGAGUACCAGCAGCCGGGUGUCGUCCAACGCUUCAACGAGUAGCGGCAGCAGUGCACGGAAUGCCAGCGGUUCCUCGGCCGCCGGAAGUCGCGAUAAACCAACGGCGAAACGGCUCGUGCCCUCGAUUGCUGUCAAUAUGAAGCAAAAGCUUAAGGAAACCACGGAAACGGUGGUUACGAUCGUCAAGGUGGCCGCCCCGGCCGAUAUCAACCGGAACCGGACCGCCGCGGUGGUCAGUUCCGACGUGCUCAACGGAAAUCACGAACCACCCAAGCCGGAAGUGGAGGAGGCUUUUUUGGAACGAAUCCCCUCGACCACGGUGACGGUGGCGAGCGAUGAUCCGAAGGCACCACGACCCGUGCUGGGUUCGCUGGGUAGCAGCCUCGAUUCACCGAGGUCACUGCAGUCGCCCCGGAUGCGCACCUCAACGAUGAAGACGGGUACGGUUGCGCGCAGUUUGGCCCUGGUGGACAUUCACGGGUUGAGCCCGGUCAAGACUCCGGCCGCGGCGACGGACAAGUCGGCCAAACGGAAAUCGAACCUCAUCCGAGCCCAGCACGAGGAAGCGACGGAGAAACGACCUUCCUCGACCGACCGUCGCCGGCACCAGAAAACCAGCACCAGCAGCGCUGCACUGUCCAGCCCGGAACCGGCCAACCGGCAACCCUCUCGCAAACCAACCCGCCCAUCUUCGUCGAAGGUCCCUCCGAAGAUAUCCGAACCGCCCGCAACAACCCCACCUUCAACGGCCACCACCACCCCAGCCUCGUCACCCUACCCGAAAGCUUCGCUGCAGUCCUCGACGACAUCGCUGGCGGCGCCCUCGUCCAGCCCGGCGUCGACGCCGUCCAAGUUUUCACCGCUGCUGGUCAGCAGCAAAACUCCUUCGCCGGCCGGCCUUGGCGCCGCCAGCAGUCCGGGCAGGAUGCUCCUCUGUCGCAGGAACUCGCCGGCUUCGGUUCCACCGGUGCUGCAGCACUCGUCCAGUUCCAGCACGACACUGGCUGGGGAGGUGGGCCCGGCAGGUCGUCGAGGCAGUGAGGAGGCGGAACCUUCGCCGGAUUCGCCGCUGCUGCUGGCGCAGCAAUAUUCCAAGUUCAGCCAGAUAUUGCUGAAGUCGCCGACGCUGGAGCGGUACGAGGUGGCGCAGCCGGAACCUGAGCUUGAAGUGCGACAGGAAGAGGUUGAAGUGCCAUUGCAGGUGGAGGAGGAGGAGGAGGAGCAACCGACGGAAUUGUGCGUGCCUUUAGAAGAGGAAGCAGCCGAGCUGGAGGGAGCUGCUGGAAAUGUUAUUGUGAUUGAGGAUCUUGAUCUGCUGGAGGCGGGACCUUCGGGAUUGGGACCUCGUCGGGAGGCCACGUCAGAUGACGAAGAGGAGAUUGACCGGCCGGCGAACCGAAUACUGUUCGACGACAAGUUCAACGAUGAGUUCGUGGUGAUUGAGAACAGUCCGAAGAGUCAUCUGAUUCAAUCGCUUGAUGAGACUGAUAUUGCUGUGAUUGGGGAGCAUGACGAUGACGUCGAGGUGUACCCACCGAGACCGGCCAGUAGCAACAGUGCCGGCUACGAGAAGAAGAAUCUGGUCAAGAUGAGUUCCGUGGAGCACUUUGAGCGCAAGAGUUGUUCUCCGCAGCGCAAGAAGAGUUUGUCGCCGAUUGCGCGAGCCAAAAGCAUGGAGGAGAAUCACCUGGCGUCGGUUUCACCGGUUCCGUCCAACCACAUAGUAUCAAUUCUAAAGCGGAAGACGGCCGUUGAAUCCGGUAACAGUUCCGCCUCGAGCAACGCUUCACCGGUGACCUUCUCGCCGAGUGUCGUCGACACUCCAGUUCGAUCCAGUGCCAGUGCUCGCCGCCAAGGGAUCCUGAAGAAACGCUGCUCUCUCGAUGAAUCUCGUUACAGCCGAAGUCAUUCGCCGGACGACCGAAGCAUCCUGGUCAAACACACCCGCCGAAACAGCUUCGAAGAGCUGGCCACAGCCCAACAGCACGGUAUUCUCAAACAAAAGAGUUACGAGUCCAAGGAGGACGUCUCUUCCGCUGCCACAACCUGCACCGGAAGCACCACCGCCGUCAACGCUCCAAUCUCGCACGGCAUCCUCAAAAAGAAGACCGAUUCCUCCUCGACCUCAACCCCCAACGAACAACCCAAGCACGUGUCCAUCUCUCAAGCAGUCAUCCUCGCCGCGGCAGAAAUCUGCCAGGACAUGCUCCUCGACCACGAAGACCACGAAAUCCGACCCAUCCUCAAGUCAGACUCCCAACACCACCCCGCGCCCAAACCAAUCCUCAAAAAGAAAUACUCCUCCGAAUCGGAAGAAAUCCGCCCCAUCCUCAAAUCGUCCCGCAAGAGCAGCCGCGAGGAAACGUCCGAUUCAGAAGAUCUGCACCGCUCGAUCCUCAAAACCGACUCCCCAGCCAAACGCCGCUCCUUCGGCGACCGCUCGGACUCCCUGGACUCGAACGCGGCCGCCGCCCUCAUCCGCAGCCGCUCGCUGGAACACCCGGACCCCGUGCCAACGGCCCCGGUCGUCCCCCAGGUGCAGAACAUCGAGAAGCCCAUCAUUUCGGUGGCCGAGCGGAUCAAGCACAUGGAAAAGUUCCUCUCCGGGCCGUCCACGUCGGGAGCCGGCAGUCCGGCGGCCAGCAGCAGCAGUGGAGCCAUUCCGAAGCGAAGCCCCGGAAGUGCCAGCUCGCGGAGGGAGUCGUUCCGGUUCAAGACGCAGCCGAUUACCUCGUCGGAGAUAUCGGGUGUGCAGCAACAAGUAGAAGAUCAGCAGCAGCGCUCCGUCGAAAACCCGGAAGAAUCGUGCUCGAGUUUAGAGUCCAAUUGUCAUCCGGAACUGAUCGCGGAACCGCCGACGCGUCCCACAGAAGAACCUCCGCUAUCGCCAACGUUGGCCACAACCGAGUCCAAUUCGCACUCCGGGGAGUUCAACCUUGCCUCGCUCAGUUCGGACAGUGGAAUCCAGUUUGGCCGCGGAACCGAAGAAACCUCCGGCGCCGAUUACGGCCUGUCCUCGUCGGUCAAAACCAGCGACAGUGAAAAGUCUCCCUCGCGUAAAACCAUCGACGACGACGUCGACUUGAACGAUCUCAACCAGGAGGACGACGUCGAAGAUCCGGAAGACCACCUGCAGAUCAUCGAGGAAACCGGCGGCCAGCGGCGAGUCCUCCUAAGCCCAUCCUCCACGACCUGCAGCCGGAAUCGCCGGCACGGCAGCUCCAGCAGCACCAGCUCCAGUGAUCUCAGUGACCGCGAAAUGUACACGGCCACCGUGGGCGUCCAGCAGCAGCAGGAUGACCUGGACGAUUCGUCCGGGGGUUUGCGCCGGUCCAACAGUGUCCGGGCGCGGGCCAACAUGUUCCAGCAGCUGGAGAGUCGCAUGAAGGAGAACGAAAAUCCGGCAGCGAACGCGCCACGCGGCCGCAGAGUGAUGCCAGCGGCCCAGUUCGCGACCCAAACCAUCUCACCGACGGACGCCAGCCUAAACCACCACCAGCAGCUCAGCAACAGCACUAGCAGCAAUCUCAACAAAAACGAAAUCUCCGACGAUUCUGGCACCGAGUUUGAUCCCUCGACACUGCAGGUAUCGAAGAAGAUCAAGCUGUUUUCCGGUGGCCAAACGGGUUCGACCGCAGCCGCGAUGACCACGGCACUGACCGCAACGCCCUGCGGUACGGGCAGUGGCGCGGCCCGGAUGGGUCCUGUGAAGAAGAAGGCCCUCAAGUUCCGCACCGUCGGCAAGCUAACGAUGCCCAAGUUCUUGAACGAUAACAACAACAACAUUUCCAACUCGAGUCCGACGCUGGUGACGCCGGCGCCCGGGAACGACGUUGUUGACUUUCACGAUGAUGAACAGAAGGGGGAGAAUGGACCGGUUGUGGAUGCGCUGAAGGUGGACCGGAUAAGGAGGAAGUUUAUGGGAGGUGCUUCGACGCCGAUCAUUGGGGAAGAUCAUGGGGGUAGCGUUGGGGUGGGGACCGGGGAUGAGGGCAGCGAUUCGAACGUGGAGUCUGGCAAGGAGAACAACUACGACAGUGGUGGGGAGUACGGAGUUCAGUUGGGAAGUGGCGGCAUAGCUGCGUUGAAGAAGAAUCUCCUGAACGGAAGUCGGUCCCACAAUCGAAGCAUUCUGCUAAACUCGACGGGCGGUGGCGGUGGAGGUAGCGAAACGGAAGAAGUGAUCGUCAAGGGAAAGGUCUCGACGAUAGCCAAGCAGUGGAACAAGUUGCGUUCGAUGACGCUGGACGUAUCGGCCAUCAAGAGCCCGUCGACUCCGGCCCUACAGUCGCCCGUUGGUAACGGAGGAAACACGCCCAUGAUCGAAGAACGCGCCUGUGAGAGUCUACCGUACGACCUGGCCAACAACUCUCAUUCAUUCGCCCACAGCCCAUCAAUUCUGGAGAAAAGUUCCUUCGCGACGAACAAAUCCCGUCAACGCAACUCGCCCCAAAUCGACGAUCGCUUCGCCAAGUACUUUGGUCUCAAGAACUCCGGAACCGCAAACUCCCCAGCAACACCACCCUCCUCCACAGACCAAGAAGCCGCCAAAAUACGCCGUCGAUCGCGGUCAAUGCCCCGCGGAAACCCACCAGCUCCGCCACCCCAACGACCGAUCGACGAACGAAUCGCCAAGUACUUCGGGGUCAACAAGAGCUUCUCCGGGCAGCAAACCUCGCCCCAAACCAUCAACAAACCACGUGCGAUCGUCAAACCCCAGCAACGUCUGCUUAAUCCGGACCCCAUCAUGAAGCAUUUGAAUCUUAAACCCAGCGGAGCUGCGGACAAGGGACGCCGCAGGUCACGGUCGGUUCCCCGCGACGAGGAUCAGCUGGAGCAGGAGAAGAGUGCCGCGAGGGGACAGCUCGCGAAAAGUUUUUGCGGCGUUGGGGGAAGUGCGCUAACGCUGGCGCCGUUGAAAACCUUCGAGGAGUUCAAUCUGACCGCGGAGGACCUGUCGAUGGCGGACACGGAGUUUGAUAAGCUUUAUAUAGAACAAGUGACCAGCCCGCGGAAGCCCCCCUUCGCCUACCUGCCCCCGGGCCAACCGGCCAUGCCGUUCGUGUCGGAGCUCAAAAAGGGCAUCCUCAAGUCCAAGUCGGGCUGCGUCGGCCUCUUUCCGACCGACCUCAACUCGGAGCUGAAGUCGCGCCUCAAAAAGUCCACCCACUCGUCUGUGUCGAACCUGAAAAAGUCCACCACCGUGUCCGACAUGGCCCAGGACCGCGCCCCGUCCGUGUCGUCCGAGUCCGACGAGGAGGACGGCGUCGCGCCCGGUAAGAAUCUCGCGAAAAUGCUCCGUAACGUGUCGAAUACGGCCACCGGUGGCGGCGGUUACGUUCCCCCGGGGGGAGUCGCGCUUUUUCCCGCGAUGAUCGGACCGGCGCCGGUGCCCUUCCGGAAGGGUAGUGCGGGUAGUGAGCGUGGCGUCGUCAGUGAGUUCGACGCGAGUGGAACCACCAGCGACGGGGAACAUCCGGCCAGCACGCGGGGCAACGUGGACUCGAUCCUGAAGAACCCGGCGGUGGCGAGGCGCCGACGGCAGAAUGAAGGCCAGCGGCAGCAACUGGUGAAGAGCAAGAGCCAAUCGGAGCUUGCCACCUUCAUUCCGGCGUCGGCCAUCAUCUACCACAACACGGCGAAACCAUUCGGCUUCCACAGCGGCGGCGUUGGCGUCGCGACGGCCCCUGGACGGACACCGGUCGGCGGCGGAGGACAUGAUCCUGUAACGGCGGCGGCGACCACUUUUCUCAAGCAAGCACCAACAGCGACCACGACGACGACGGAACAGCAGCAGCAGCAGCAGCAGUUUCCGGUGCCCGGGUUCGGCGGAUUGCGGCGGUGCCUCACGGAAGAGAUGCGUCCCGACCAGGACUCGAUGGUGAAGAGCGUCUCGAUUGCCGAGCGGCUCGCGGCCCUCCAGAAGAGCGGCGAGGACGACUGGCGCAAGCGGAUCGGCAAGAAGGACGUGACGGAUGACGCCCGGCGGGAGAAUCUGGUCAAUAAUGCCAUCCUGGUGGCCAAAUCGCUCGAGAGUCCAGUUAAGAACAGCACGGCGCGCCCGUUCAGUCGGCCCGCGGACCUCGAGGGCGGCAACAUUUCCGACCGGCUCGGAAAGAUCAAAACGUCCUCGGAGAACUGGAAGAAUCGUGUCGAACUCUCGGAUGCCACCAACUUUACCGUGGCGGGCCGGAUGGCCGCGGCCCGCACGCCCAAGUUGCCGUUCAUCAAAUCCGACACGAAGCAGUCGCCACCGAUGAGCGUGUUCCGCAGUGUGAACCCGCCGCCCCAGCUGGGCCUGGCCAAGAGUCCGUCGAUGAUGGUGUCGACGGCCUACGGAGGAGGAGGAGGAGGUGCCCACCAUAAUCAGAACGGUGCCGUGGCCGCGCUGGCCGCCGUCGGCCAGCAACUUUCUAGUCAACUCAGUCAGCAACAACAGCACAUCAACAGCAGAUCGCACGUGGGAGUGGACAGCAUGAUGAAGCGUAGCAUAAGUGUCCCCGGUGGUGGCAGCGGGGUUCACGGGGAAGCCGGUGGGGACCUCAAGUCCCACGCUGCCGGCGGUUCCAAGGUUUCAAUUCCAAAGCUGGACGACGAAAGCUUUGGCAACUUUUUCACCAAAGUCGAGCAAACCGUAUCAGCUACUGGUGGCAGCAUGACCAUGACCAAGAGCAGCAGCAGUAGCCUGACCACGACCGGGUCGUUGGCGGAGGUCGCCAUCGGAGACUUCGACACGCUCAAGCUGGACAGUUCCCAGCCGCGGCUCACGCAGAAGAAGGUCGUGCAGGGUCCGCGCCGGAGGCAGGGCCCGGCCUCGCGGAAUCCGCUCAAGACGUUGGCGGCCCGCGACGACCUGCAGACCGAGUACACCGAGAUCAAAACAGGUAUCGCCGAUAAAGAGUUGAAAAGACUCAAGCUAGAAUCAAUCGCCAAAACAAGCAACCUGGCCAUCGAAGCCCUCGCGGGUCUCGCCUCCGUCGAGGACUUCAAGUCGGUGUCGCUCAAGUCGAGCUCGCUGCCGCUGAACCAGAGCUUCGUCCCGUACCGGCCGUUGAUGCUGCUGCAGGUUAAGGGCCGCCGGCACGUGCAGAGCCGGCUGGUGGAACCGGUGGCGCGGUCAAUCAACCGUGGCGACUGCUUCGUGCUGGUCACGCCGGAGCGGUUGUUUGUGUGGAACGGCGCGUUGGCGAACGUGAUCGAGCGAUCGCGCGCGAAGGAGAUUUGCGACGUGAUUCUGCGGGAUAAGGACCUUGGGUGUGGUGCUGCGGCGGUGGUCGUUAUCAACGAUGGGAAGUUUGGAGGAGCGAGUGAGCGACAGCAGCGGGAGUUUUGGAAGCUGCUGGGAAGGGGACAGGAGGAUGAGGGUGCUGGCGUUUGCGAGGCGGGUCAUGCGGAUGAGGAUGAGCUGGUGGAGAGUUGUCUGAUCGAGACGACCAAGGUGUACGAGUUUGAGGACGAUACGUUGGUGCCGCUGGAGGAGUAUUGGGGAGCGGCACCGAAGAUCGCCAUGUUGGACGCGCGGAAGAUCUUGGUGUUUGAUUUCGGCAGCGAGCUGUACAUCUGGAAUGGGAAGAACGCCGGUAGUGAGGCAAAGCGGGCGGCGAUCAAGCUGGCGCAGGAGAUGUUUAUGCAAGAGUACAGCUACGACAUGUGCCAGCUGAGUCCGGUGAACUUUGCCGAGGUCAGUGGCGAUCGCCAGCGCGAUGUUAGGAGGGUGGCGAAGGCUGGAAGCGUGCGACCAGAGUGGUGCUUGAUCGCGAAGGUAACGCAGCACAUGGAGACGAUCCUGUUCCGACAGAAGUUCCUCGACUGGCCGGACAUUACGGUGCAGCUGAAGGAUGACGGGUAUCCUCUUGGGGGAGACAGUCCGAUCUUGGAGAUCAAACCCGUUGAUGGGGAAGCCUUGUUCCGCGGUGAACCAUACGUGGAGCCGAACCUGGUGCUGGAAAACUCCAGCUUGGGUCGAGGUAACUUUUACUACGACACGGACACGAUGCGUCACUUUGACGUGUUGACCAAAUCGGUGACCCAGUGGGAGAUCGACGAGUACGAGUACAAGGAGAUCAACGGAUCGUCCAGUGGGCACUUUUACUCCGACGAGAGUUACACCGUCCGCUGGAUGUACCAGGUCAGCGUGACCGUACGGGAACUCAGCGGCAAGGUCUCGAACCGCAGCACGGUCGUUGGCCGCGAUCGGUGCGCCUAUUUCUGCUGGCACGGAAAGGACGCUCCGGCUAACGAAAAGGGUGCGGCCGCGCUGCUAACCAUCGAGCUGGACAAAGAAAAGGGCUCCCAAGUGCGUGUCGCCCAAGGCCAAGAAUCGUCCGCAUUUAUCCGUCUCUUCAAGAUCAUGUUCAUCCACAAGAGCAAAAAGACGCCGCGGAACGCGUGGCGACUCUACAUCAUCACCGGCAACUACCCGGAAGAAACGGUCUGCACCGAGGUGACCUGCAACGCCCGCCAACUUCGCUCCCGCGCCUCCAUGAUCCUCAUCCACGGCGAAAAAGGUCGCGCCCUCCUUUGGAACGGCUGCAAAGCCCUUCGCCACUCCCUCGAAGUCGGCCAAAACGUCCUCAACGCCAUCAUCCAAAACCGCUACAGCGAACUGUUCGACGAAACGCUCCCCUCCCUAACCAGCGCCACCCUCAGCGAAGGCCACGAAACCCACGAAUUCUUCGAAGCCAUCGACGGCAGCGAGAACCGUCACCAGUACCACUCGCUCCUAACCUCCCACCAAACCUUCCACUACACCCCCAGACUCUUCCACCUCACCAGCAUCAACAACGGCAACUUCGAGGCCACCGAACUCCAGUACAACCUCCGCUCCAAAGACCUCCCCUCCCCGUACCCCUUCCGUCAGGACGAUCUCUACACCGCCCGCCAACCCACCAUCUUCCUCAUCGACAACGGGCACGUCCUCUGGCUCUGGCAGGGCUGGUGGCCAACCACCGGUGAAGAAGGCAGUGCCAGCGGCAGCACCACCGGCAGUGGAAGCGACUCCGAAGACAGCAGUGCCCAACCCAGCAGCUUCGAUAGCAAUCGCUCGGGCGAAAACCGCUGGCAGUCGGAACGGCGCGUCGCCAUGGAAACGGCCGUCGCCUACUGGAAGGCCAAGCAGGCCCAAAAUGGCGCCGGCCCGAAAAAGAUCACCAACGGUAACAAAACCGAGGUGGAGGUGGACGAAAAUGGCAACGGAAAUGCCGGAGGAACGUCGUCGGAUGACGAUGAAAACUGUGAUAAGACAACGAGAAAUGGGGGUGCUGAUAAGGGAGAGGAAGAAGAAGAGAAUGGUCAGCAACAGCAGUCGGCGUUGGAUGAGAUCAACGGGUACGUGGUUUGGGCGGGGCUGGAACCGCUGGAGUUUAUCGCCAUGUUCCCGGACUGGGAGCAGCGAGACGACGUCGCCGAGAUUAGUGUGCAGGAUGGUCGUAAGUCGGCCCCGCAGCCGAUCGCGAGCCAGCUGUCGUUGCUGUCGCGCCGCGAGUACCCGCUGCAGGUGCUGCUGGACCGCCCCCUGCCCGAGGGCGUCGACCCGACCAAGCUGGAGCUGUACCUGGCGCCGGAGGACUUCCCGGCGGGGCUGGGCCUGACCAAGCCCGAGUACGGCCAGCUGCCCGCGUGGAAGCAAACCAAACUCAAGAAGGAGCGGGGUCUGUUUUAAAAGGAAGGAAAGUUUAGAGAGAAUUUCUUAUUUUUUGUUAUGAUGUUGUUCAGUGUGUGCGGGAAGAUCUUGCUUUAGAUAUAUUUGUAAAAUUUGGGAUGAGAUUACGUCGGGCGCCCUUAAGUUUUUAUUAUUUUUUGUAAUAUUUCUGUUUAUUUCUAUUAUUUUCAAUUUUUAUCUGCUUGUGGCAUCAUCAUUGGCCAAGGCAAGUUACAAAAUUUUGCGUUCUCAACUCGUUUAAAUUUUAUAUUUGUUUUUUUUUUCGUUACUUAAACCUAUUAUUUGUUUUUACCCUGAAAAAAAAUUUAAAGGGGCGUGAUUAUCUUAUUUGAUUAGCUUUAACAAACCACUAUUAGAAAAUUAUAAAAUUUGAGAGUGUGCGACCCCCACUUUAUUCGAAAAAAAAAAUCUUUUGUUAUUGCUGAGAUUGUGUCACAAUUAUUACAAAAAAAAAAACCUAAAUAAAACACAAUUUCUUAUCCCUCGUCAGAGAUUUCCCUUUCGUUUUUAAAACUGCACUGAUUUCACCCCUUUUUUAACCUUCAACCACAGAUAAACGGGCGUAAAUCUACUUCAAAAUGCAUCAAUCAACAAUUUAACGGUCAAUUUGAAUGAAACUCACCACGGCGAUUUGACAGCUGGUUGAAAUUGUCCGCGCUCACAGCUAUAGAUGGCUCUGGUAAGAAGUGACUGAUGAAUUUGAUGAUUUACGUUUGUUUGUCAACAAACCCUUAGCUUUAGCGAACCAAAACGGGCAACGAUUUCAAGCUUGAGCUAAACCCAGCAAAACGAUAACAAUUGAAAAGUAUAUUCUUUCGCGCCAUAAAAGUCAUGCAGAAGUAAAGCAAACCUUUGUGUAAAAAUUGUAAUUUUAUUACCCCCCCUAGUAGCUGUGCGUAACGUUUAACAAACAUAUUAAUAUUAUUAAUUAAAAAAAAAUACUUAGUGCAGGUAGUGUUGUUGCUUUCGUUUGUUUAUUAUUUUAAAGUACUCUCUUUUGUAGAAAAAAAAACUUUCGUGCUCUAAAUUAUUCGUGUAUUCGUUAAUGUGUAAAGCUCCCUUCUCUCUUAUGCAGAUGAUUGCGUAAACUGUAAUUAUUGAAACAACCAACAACAAUAUCUAGCUUUUAGUGGGAAAAAAGUCGAUCAAGCGCGAGUACUUAAGCAAAGAACUGACAAAUAAAAAGCUUGCCCCUCCUCUUCUGAUUGUUGGAAAAACAACAAAUCGAACAACAUUAUAAAUAUAUUUUGUAAACAGCCGUGCGAUUUUUGUGCAACUCUGUGUGCUAUUUAGAGACGUAAACAAAACAAACAACAAAAACAGAAUCGAUGCGAGAGAGAGACGAGCGACCGGAAAUUCGAUGGGAGAACAACCCGCUAAAGUAACGCUGUGUUCCAUAAUAUAUAAAAUAUACACAUAAACGCAAACAUACUAUUAUAAUUAUUAUUAUUAUUCAAGAAAAAGCAACAGUGAAAUAAAUACACAACUUACGAUAAACGCCGACCCCCCCAAUCACAAAGCAUCAGAAUUCAUAACUAAAAGUAACACCUUUUCUAACGGAAAUCGAAUCGCGAAACGCUCACAAACAAUCACUAAAUAGAAAAAAUAAAACACACACCUCGUCUCUUCGAAUAGUAAACAAAAAAAACAAUAAGAUUAACAAUUCAUCUUUCAUCAAGAGAAAAACAUUUUUUCAUUUCUUUUUUUGUUAUGUUUUGCUUAACAAUAUUCUUCCCGAAAGCGAAAAAAAAAAAUGAUUAAAAUAAAGGGAAACUACGAUAAACAACAAAAAAAAAA